GUCGAAGGUGUGGAUCUUGGAAGGAAAGGCCAUCUCCUCAUGCCUGUGCUGGUGUGCAACGGCGAAGAGCAUGAGCUGAAGGAAGGCCGCAAUGUCAUUGGGAAGAUCAAGGCAGCAUGCGAUGUGAUUCUGGAGGGAUCAAGCAUCGCCGAUACCCACGCGGCAUUGGAAUUGAUUCAAGAGGGGGCGGUACUCACUGACCUGGGCUCAGCUACAGGAACCUUCUUCAACGGCGUGCGCAUGACGCAGCCUCAACGUGUCGUCCACGGCGACUUGAUCAAGUUUGGUGACACAGGACGCGAAUACAAAUUCGACAUGACAUCGACGCCAUCCGUGAUGCGAUCCAUCGCGAGUUCGUUCCGCGAUUCCCUCGUUCCUCCCAUGUUCAGCAGCAGCCUAGUGGGUGGAGUCGCCGCAUCGUUGCAGAAAGCACAGAGUCCGCUUCGAAAAUCCAACGUGUUUGCAUCCUACCAAGACCAGCGCUCCACGGACACUGCAUUGCGCGACAUCGUGGAGCGGCAGCUGCUUCGCCGAUCCGGUGCCAACAUCAAGGCCAUCCCCACCAAGGUGGUGGCAGCGGCAGCGACGGUCCUUCCUCUGUCUCCUUCCCAGCGAGACUUUGUCGAGCGACAGAAGCUCCGACUAUCUCAAAAGAUUCGCGACGUCAACAAUAUCAUGCUCGGGUAUGCUGCCAUCGACGACACGUACUUGGCGUACUACACAAAGAACAAUCGUGUAAUCCUCCCCGACGAUGACAAUCACGGUGACAAUAACAACAGUGACGACAACAGUGACGACGACGACGACUUGCCUGAAAUGUCCGACAAGGUGCCUAUGGCCAGCAGCAGCAUUGCUCCAAACCCAUCCUUCCCACCACCACAAUCAUCGUCUGUCGUCAUGACUAAAUCAAAGCCAAUCAUAUCAACGCCCAAUGACAACACCAGUGACAACACCAGUGACGAUGAUGACAAUGAAUUGCCAGUGACAAUGGAGCACCACCAAUCCCCCCCCCCUCCACGUAAGUCCCCCAAAAUCCCAUCGAUCCAACCACCCAAUCAACGUCGUCCUCGGGUUGCCCACGAGUUGUCAUCACACCUCCACACGCUUAUGCAGACCCACCGGGUGAAAGCGUGUGCUCGGGCAUGGAGCGACUGGCGGCGGGCGAUCGACCUCCGAAAACGGACGGACGCCGCCGCCACGACACUCCAGCGGUUCGUCCAGACAGUUUCAUGUCGAGACCGCGUCGCUCGUCGCAUCAAGCAACGCCUUCAGCAACGUGAGAGACAAGUGCACGUUCGUCGCGUAGUGCACUUGUGUGCGCGCCGGCAGACUCGGGCCGCACUCGCUCAGUGGCGAACGUAUUCGGUCGAGUGUGUUGUGGUGAACGUAUUGCAAACCCACAUUGCGCUCUCGUUUCAGAGAAAACACGUGGUUCAAACGACGUUUGACCGGUGGAGAAACGUGUGGUCGGCAUCUGUCCUCCGAAAGCGGACCUUGCACCGCCUGCUUCGGCAUGUGACGUCGGCGGCGACUCGCAAGGCGUUGGUGACGUGGCACGCCUGGCGACUCGAGCGCGAAGUGCUGGCAGCAUUCACCAAAGCUCAAGACGAGCAAACCAAACACAAGCUACUGGUGCAGGCCAUGACAGCUCAAUCCCAAGCUGAAGCCACGGCGUGGAGCGACCAAGCCAAGGAAUCGAGCGAGCAUGUGCAGCGCGAGGCGGCGCUCACGGCGCGCAUCGCGACCUUGACCACCCAGCUACACGAGUGGACAAGCAAAUCCAAAGCUGAUGCCGCCGUCCAGACGGAAGCCGGCGCAUCGGCGUCGGCGGCGCGCACCGCGUUGUUGUCGCAUACGUUGCUGAAAACAGUGGUUGGUGAAGUGAAAGAAAAGAAUUUGCGCGCGGUGAUCGAUAGCUUGGAGACAGAGUUGCAGGCCACGGCCGAGCGCGAGGCCAAAUUACAAGACGAGUACAAACACGUAUUGGAGAGCUUGGUGCGGCAUGCCAGUCAGUUGGCCGAUGCGCAAAAAGCACUCAAGCGAUACCAAGUUGUCGUUGACGAGCAAGCCACAGAAAUGGCCAAGAUGGAAGCAUCGUUUGCAGACGACAAGAAAACCGCCAUUGAUACCGAAUCGACGUUGCGGAAACAAAUUCACGACCUCGAAAUGUCCAUGGCCGAUGUAAAACGGCGCGACGACGUGAAAAAGAGCGUUGAAUCCACUGCAACCCAAGACCAGACGAUGGGGCUGAUGGAAGACUUGAGCAAGCGAGAAGCCACUCUGCUCCAAACCAAGAUCGACGCCUUGGAGCGGGACGUCCGCGAGCGCGAAGCGGCGCAGUUGAAGAUGGUGCUGGCUCAUGACGUGGCAGUCUCCCAGUGGACGGCGAAAUGCCAAGCAUUAGAAGCUACGGUGACGACAUUAGAGGCGAGAUGUGCCAUGUUAAAGACCUCAUCAACCCCACCACCGUUAUUGUCGUCACCAGAGGCGUCACCACCACCAAUGUCGUCACCACCACCAAUGUCGUCACCACCACCAAUGUCGUCACCACCACCAAUGUCGACACCACCACCAAUGUCGUCAUCACCACCAAUGUCGUCAUCACCACCAGAGGCAUCAGCACCACCAAUUUUGUCACCACCACCAAUGUCGUCGUCACCAAUGUCGUCACCACCACCAAUGUCGUCACCGCCACCAGAGGCUUCACCACGCCGCGAAACACCCUCCCAACGAGUCGACUCUAUUGCAAGGGAGCAGCUGGAAGUGCAUAAAAAGAUGCUUGAACUGGCGGAAAUGAAGCUAUUGGCGGCGACUGCUCAACUUCACGACAAGGACGUGCUGGAGCGGCGCAGGAUCGAGGCAGAGAUACAAGUCCAUGGACAAUUCAAUACCCACGUCGAGUCGUUUCUGGAAGCACUCGUGACCAAGUACGACCUCCAGCUAUUGCGAGUGGGUGGCGAGCUGGAAUUGUUAACCAUCCAAUGCGAAAAGGACCCCAAAGGCGCCCAAUUCCGCGCGGCCUCGAAUCUUGUGGGGUAUGUACAAGAGGAGCGUCUGGCCCAGUACAAAGACCUGAGUGACCUCCACGCUGAACUGCUGCAUCUGCGACAACUGGCGUUUCAAAUCUCAAGUCCUGCGACAUCGUUGGUCGGGCUAACGGACCUGCCGCCAUUAACUCCAAAUAGUCAGUUUCUGUACGACAUGCUGCUGCAGAGAUUGAACCGAUUGCAUCAAUUGAACCAAACCAUGGCGCACCAAGCAGCUGCAUUGGGACCGAAUAUGCAAGACACCAAGAAACUCGACUAUGCCAAGUUCCUAGCGCAGACCAUGUACGCCCGUCAAGUGGACUUUAUAACCCAAGCCACGACCGUCCUUGUCCAUAUUGCCCGUCUGCAAACCCACCUCGAGCCAUAUCGAGUGUAACGUACUAGUUAAGAGAUCGCUUAACUACCUAGUAUUUGACCACACUUAACGUUAGAAACCCGAUACAGCACCUAACCAAAUUUAUAGUAAUGAUAACAA